AUGGAAGAAACAAGAAAAACCUGCAGCUCAGAGGGCAAACCAAAAUCCAAAUCCAGAACCCCCCCAACACCACCACCACCCCCAGUCGAAUUGCGAAACUGGCUGGACCUUCCCCGGGACGUCACCGCUUCAAUACUCUCACGGCUCGGAGCAGUCGAGAUUUUGAAAAGUGCAGAAUUGGUGUGCAUGGCUUGGCGCAACGUCUGCAAGGACCCUCUCACCUGGCGCACAGUCGACAUGAGCAACAAUCGUGGUUUCAACCUCUGGGCCUCCGACUUGGAUAAGAUGUGCCGCCGGGCAGUGGAUCGUAGCUGUGGUAAUCUGGUCGAUAUCAAUAUCCAGCACAAGUGCACCGAUGAUCUCCUUAUGUAUAUCACCAACAGUUCGAAGGGAAUCAAACGCCUCCAACUUGACAAUUGCUUUAACAUAACAAAUGAGGGACUGAGUGAAGUGGCUUCGAAACUUCCGUUGCUGGAGGAGCUUGAAAUUUCAAAUAGUUUGUUGUCACAUGAACCUGCUCUACAAGUGGUUGGGGCCUCUUGCCCUCGUUUGAAAUCAUUCAAAUUUAACCACCGCUGGAGGUACAGCUGGGAUUGGCGAGAGUCUAAUGACGAUGCACUUGCUAUAGCAGCAACGAUGCACGAUUUACACCACCUCCAGCUUCGUGGGAAUAAGCUGACGAAUGAUGGCUUGCAGGCCAUUCUUGAUGGUUGUCCUCAUCUCGAGUCGCUUGAUCUCCGCGAGUGUUUCCAUCUUAAACUGGGAGGAGAGUUGGGAAGAAGAUGUGCUGAACGAAUUAAAAAGUUGCAGCUUCCUCAUGAGCCCAUUUCCAAGGAUGAAUCUUAAUUGGUUGAUCCACAUAUAUUUUCUGAUAUUGAUGAUGAUGAUGAUGAUGAUGUGGAUUAUGAAUUCUUAGCUGGGAAUGUUUUCUAUGUGUUUCUAUGACUAUGUUUAUCCCUGGCUUUUCUGA